GUUCAUGUCCUAACAUAUGCCGUUUCUCUGACAGAAUCUACAGUAUACGUCCUAGAAUGUGCUGCCCAUUUACCAGAAUCUACAGUUCAUGUCCUAACAUAUGUCGUUUCUCUGACAGAAACUACAGUAUACGUCCAAGAAUGUACUGUCCAUUUACCAGAAUCUAGUGUUUAUGUCCUAACAUAUGCCGUUUCUCUGACAGAAUCUACAGUAUACGUCCUAGAAUGUACUGUCCAUUUACCGUUUCUCUGA